AUGGCGGCUCAAGCACCCCCGACGGAGGAGCUUAGCAAGCUAAGCGUCGAGGACGCGAGCACCAAACCAAAGCCGGAUGCGUCUGCGGCGGAUAACGGGAACUUGAACGACAGCGACGACUCCGACGAUGACGCUGAGGGAGCCGCCCCUGCCGCAGGCACAGGAGCCACCAAGAAAAAGAGGAAGAGAAAGCCCAAGAAGAAGAAGAAGAACCCGACCCAGCAAUCCGACCCGCCCCGCGUGUUGAUUUCGCAGUUGUUCCCGGAUAAGAUAUACCCUAAGGGUGAGGAGGUUGAAUAUGUGAAUGAGAAUAGCUACCGCACCACAAAUGAAGAGAAGCGCCAUCUCGAUAAUCUCAAGAGCGAGUUCUUGAACGACUACCGCCAUGGCGCCGAGGCCCAUCGCCAAGCCCGUCAGUGGGCGCAGAAGAACAUUAAGCCCGGUCAGACGCUGACGGAGAUCGCCAAUGGUAUUGAGGACUCGGUCCGCGCCCUUGUCGGGCAUCAAGGACUGGAAGAGGGGGAUGCGCUUAUUGCGGGCAUGGGUUUCCCGACCGGCCUCAGUAUCAACCACUGCGCGGCGCAUUACACGCCGAACGCGGGCAACAAGAUGGUGUUGCAGGAAGAUGACGUGAUGAAGGUUGAUAUCGGCGUCCAUGUCAAUGGCAAUAUCGUCGACAGCGCCUUUACUCUUGCAUUUAACCCCCGGUACGACCCGCUCCUGGAAGCCGUGAAGGCUGCUACCAAUGCAGGCAUCAAGGAGGCUGGCAUCGACGCGAGGCUCGGUGAGAUAGGCGGAGUGAUACAGGAAGUCAUGGAAAGCUACGAGGUGGAAAUCAACGGCACGACCUACCCCGUCAAGCCCAUCCGAAACCUGAACGGGCACAGCAUUCUCCCGUACAACAUCCACGGUACGAAGAGUGUGCCUAUCGUCAAAUCCAACGACACCACCAAAAUGGAGGAGGGAGACGUGUUCGCGAUCGAAACAUUCGGCAGCACGGGCGUUGGCUACGUGCGCGAAGAGGGUGAGGUAUCGCAUUAUGCCAAGCGCGGUGAUGCAUCUAAGGUCGACCUCCGCUUGAGCUCCGCCAAGUCGUUGUUAAGCGUCAUCAACAAGAAUUUUGGUACCCUCCCAUGGUGUCGGCGAUACCUAGACCGUCUCGGCCAGGAUAAAUACUUGCUGGGGUUAAACAACCUCGUCGCAAACGGCAUCGUUGAGUCGUAUCCACCCUUGGUGGACAAAAAAGGCUCGUACACAGCGCAGUUCGAGCAUACCAUCCUCAUCCGACCCACUGUGAAGGAGGUCAUCAGCCGUGGCGAGGACUUCUAG